CAUACACUCCCUCUUACACACCCUUACACUCAGUCAUGCCCGUUGAUCAAGUCAAUGCUGCUUCCUGUUUUUUGCGAGUUCCCUCUGUAUUGUCUCGUUUGGCUAAAUUGGGCUUACUGAGAGCUCCUGAGGAGAGUACUGACAGAAGGCUGAGCAGAACAACAUAGCUGCUUGAGAGGAAGGACUCUUUGUAAACCUUUACAGGACUUUUUGAGUGGGUGAGUUUUGACGGUGCCCAUGAGAUCAGCCCCCAGGGGGUUGUUGAGUAGGGGGUUAGGGGGAAGGGAGGAGGUGAGUGUGUGCCUGAGAGGUGAAGAGAGAAUUUAAUAUUCCUUCCCCUGGACUGGAGCAACCCAAAGCAGACCGACAGAGACUCUUCCUGAUGGAUCUGAGGGUGAAACCAUACCUAGAAUUCCCAAAGACUGUUAAAGAGUAAACGUCACACACAUCCUGACAAAGGAAAGGAGAAUGGCCUGGAGGAGCAUGGAAGCACUGAGGGAGUCUUUUCUGCAUUUGACCUUUCAGAUGUCCACGUACAAGAGGGCCACUCUGGACGAGGAUGACCUGGUGGACUCCACCGGAGAUGAGAUCUACCCCUCCUCUGCCAUGCAGGUGACACUGCAACAUGGCCCUGGUCCCAGGUGUUGGGCUGAGAAGACACACACUGAAAGGAGGCUGUUGGUCUUAGUGUGUGCUCUGUCUGUUGCCUUGUUCUUCUCACUCAUCACUGUCGGGAUCUUCUACAAAGAGACUCACCCUGGUAUGUGUCUGACGGAGCCAUGCAUUACUGUGGCCAGUGCUGUGAUGGGAGCCCUGGACCACUCGGUGGACCCCUGCCAUGACUUCUACAAUUUUGCCUGUGGGGGAUGGGUGAGGAACAACCCCCUCCCUGAGGGAAAGUCCCGCUGGGGUCCCUUCAGCAACCUAUGGGAGCGCAACAUGGCCGUCAUGAAGCACCUGCUGGAGAACACCACCAUGAAGGGGCUGAGCAAGGCUGAGAAAAAGGCCCAGAUGUAUUACAAAGCCUGUAUGAAUGAGACUAAGAUUGAGGAGUUAGGGGCUCAGCCUCUACAAGAGCUCAUUAAUCAGACGGGGGGAUGGGCCCUAACCGGCUCCUGGGAUAAGAACAAUUUCCAGGAGGUUCUACGCACAGUGUCGGCCAACUACCGCUGCUCCCCAUUCUUCACUGUGUUUGUCAGCACUGACUCCAAAAGCUCCAACAGCAAUAUUAUCCAGGUGGAUCAAUCCGGGCUGGGGCUCCCCUCACGGGAUUACUACCUUAACAAAACUGCCAAUGCAAAGUAUCUGAAUGCGUACCUAGACUUCCUGGUGGAGUUAGGGGUCCUGUUGGGGGGCUCAGAGGAGACGUCCAGAUCGCUGAUGCAGGAGAUUGUGGACUUUGAGACCACCCUGGCCAACAUCACCGUACCCCAGGAGGAGAGGAGGGACGAGGAGCUCAUCUACCAUAAGAUCCAGGCAAAGGAUCUGGCGACCUUGGCUCCUGCGGUGGACUGGAUGCCCUAUCUCACAGAUGUGUUUGCUCCUGUACCCCUCAAUGACUCAGAGCCUGUGGUGGUGUACGCCAAGGACUACCUCCAGAAGGUCUCUGACCUCAUUGCCAGCACUAACAAGAGCGUCCUGAACAACUACAUGAUCAUGAAGGUGCUGAGGAAGAUGGUGUCCAUCCUGGACCAGAAGUUCCAGGAUGCUGAGCAGCGUUUCUUUGAAGUCAUGUAUGGAACCAAGAAGAGCUGCACCCCACGCUGGAAGCUGUGCGUCAGCGACACGGACAGUGCCCUCGGCUUUGCUCUCGGGGCCAUGUUUGUCAAAGCCACCUUUGACGAGGACAGCAAGGCCAUUGCAGAAGAUAUGGUCUCUGAGAUCAAAUGGGCAUUUGAGGAUAGUCUGAAGUAUGUGGGCUGGAUGGACCAGGAGACCAAAAAGGCUGCCAAAGAGAAGGCUGAUGCCAUUUACAACAUGGUUGGAUAUCCAAAAUUCAUCAUGGACCCCAAGGAACUUGACAAAGUGUUCAAUGAUUUUGAGGUGGGGUCUGACCUGUAUUUCCAAAAUGUCAUGCAGUACUACAACUUCUCUGCCAGAGUGACUGCGGACCAGCUGAGGAAAACCCCCAACAGAGACCAGUGGAGCAUGACCCCUCCUACGGUGAAUGCAUACUACAAUCCCACCAAGAAUGAGAUGGUGCUCCCAGCAGGAAUCCUCCAAGCUCCUUUUUACAGCCGCUCUUGGCCAAAGGCCCUGAACUUUGGGGGAAUUGGUGUAGUUAUGGGACAUGAGUUGACACACGCUUUUGAUGACCAAGGGAGGGAGUACGACAAGGAUGGGAACCUCCGCUCCUGGUGGAAAAACUCGUCUGUGGAGGCCUUUAAGAAGCAGACCCAGUGUAUGGUGGAGCAGUACAGUAACUACAGCAUCAACAAAGAACCCCUCAAUGGAAAACACACCCUGGGAGAGAACAUAGCUGACAAUGGUGGACUGAAGGCUGCCUACAAGGCUUAUAUGAACUGGAUUGCAAAGAAUGGAGAGGAGGCCACCCUGCCUGCCCUGGGGAUGACCAAUCAUCAAUUAUUUUUUGUUGGAUUUGCCCAGGUAUGGUGCUCAGUUCGGACUCCGGAAAGCUCGCAUGAGGGCGUCAUCACAGAUCCACACAGUCCAUCAAGAUUUCGAGUUAUUGGCACCAUCUCCAAUUCCCAUGAGUUCUCUGAGCACUUUGGCUGCAAGGCAGAUUCCCCCAUGAACCCUAAACACAAGUGUGAGCUUUGGUGAUGCUUUGCUACCCAAUUGUCGGUACGGCAGGUGGCAAAAUGGGCAUUGGGGAUUUGGAGCAAAAUAGAGGCAAAGUCUCUAAGGAAGGAGAGCAUUUGUCUUGAUACCACUAAAAAUCCAUCUGUUUUACCCACUUUACCCUUCUCAGGGUCUUUAUGAGCGCUGGAGGUUGAACCAGCCCCAACUCUCUUCAUAAAGACAAUUUGUUUUAGAAAGCUGCCUCUUUUCCCCCAAUUAAACUCUAUGAAAAUGUGCCUUUAUGUUUAUAUAAAGGAGGAACAAUUUUAACACUGGAAACCGAAGAAAUGGUUAUAAAAAAAGGGAAAACUAAUGGAACUUCUCUCAAUCAGGUUUUAUGUAGAGUUGUCAUAUGCCUUAUUUUUCAACAGGAAGUGAUAUUUAUUUUCUGUCGGUUUCUUUUUUAACUGUUACAAUUUUUUUUCUGAUCAAUCCACCUCCAUAUGUUGUCUUCACUUAUUGUAUAUUUUUAGACUGCAAAAGAAUGACGAGUUGCAAUUACUGGAUUUGGACUGAAACAAUAUAAUCCAGAGGAAACCGUCAAUCACAUCUAGAAUACAAGUCAAGUCGAUUGUAAAAGUCAUAUUUUAUUAUCGCCCAUGAUUGACCCGAUUCAAUAUGCUAUGUGUAUGUAAUUUCUGCAUCAACAAACCUAACACAACAUCAUCAUUUGUGUAAAGUCUGAUUGCUUAAUGUCUCCAGUUUAUACAGUAGUGAUGUUGUAAAGAAGUGAUACUCCGAAUUGCUGAAUGCCUGAUAUGAUAAGGGACAUAUUAUUUGAAUAGUUUUCAAUCAGAGAAUUCCUGAAACUUGUGAAGGAUGUAUUGACCAUCGAACAAGUCACAUAACAACGUGUUUUCGCAUUCUGGAGCUGCUCAUGCAUGACAAGGCUUUUGUGUCAUAAAACUAUUUUUCUAAUCUAAUAAAAAUAUUGUCAGCA